AUGAGUGCCGCGACAGCGCCAAGGUAUCCUUUUGAUAGUUUGUUGGACUUGAAGCCUCACCAGCCUUCUGAACCUGGCUUGGCAGGGGAUCGAGUUCCUGCAGGGUCAUCUGCAGAAGGAAGCCAUGAUGAUCGUCACAACAGCUUCUGCAGUCAUUCUAGUGUCUCUGUGGCCUUCCAAUCGCUUCUGGAUAAAAUUUCACAGCAGCAUCGGGCAGAAUUACUGGACCGAGACAUGCGAGUCGACCAAUUGCAGGCUAUGCUGUUGAAGCUGAACGCGGAGAUUGCCACUGGUGCCAUCGAAGCCUUGGAAGAUCUGACUUGGACUUCUGAGGCAUCUUGGACAUCGGAGGCUGCGCGGCGGAUGCCGCAGGCCGAGAAGACCAGGCUGCCGAAGAACCAGAAGAACCAAGGCAAGCGCAAGAUGCAUGCUUCUCAAAUUCUGGAAGCGCUGGACAUGAAGAUGGAGAGCGAGAAGUCUUUCCAUGCUGAUCUGUUGGAUCCCGAGGGGACACUUGAAUCCGGCAGUACGGUCUCCACGACCCCGUCCAACAGAUGGAAAGUGCGGCUGCAGUCAACGACUUUCGAAGUGAUCAUUGCAGCAAUGCUUUGCUUGAACGUCUUUUGGAUGGCCAUGGAGCUACAGAUCUACGGGUCUAUGGCUGGCUAUUCAAUUGGACUUGUGGUGAGCCCAUUAGUACAGGAGCAGGACAGAGCUUUGGUAGACACUGUCUUCGUACUGGGAGAUGUGAUGUUCUCUGUGUUCUUCGCGUUGGAUGUUCUUGUGCGAAUGUAUGUGUUCAAGAGUGACUUCUGGAAGGUGUGGAGCAAUUACAUUGACACCGUGGUGAGUUUAGCUUCUGGAGUACAAGUUGCGUUGUUGUUUUCGCAGGCAUUGCCAGUCAACCUGGCGCUAUUACGCCUGCUGCGGAUUGGUAAGCUAGCACGGCCCAUACGCAUGAUAACCAUGUCGAGUGUGAUGGCAUCUUUGCAGUUGCUGAUCAAGUGCGUAACCGGCAGCGUCAACAUGCUAUUCUGGAGCAUGUGCCUACUCUUUGUGUUGCAGUGCGUGGCCGGCAUGGUGGUAAGCACACUGUGCCGAGAUUUCAUUGCCAACCCUGUUCACCCCAUCGAGCUUCGACAAGAAGUCUUUCAGUAUUUUGGCACUUUCUCACGGACCAUGCUCACCAUGUUUGAAACCUUGUUUGCAAAUUGGGGAACUCCCUGCAGAGUGCUUGUGGAAGACAUCAGUGAGUGGUUCUCCGUGUUUUUCCUGCUAUACCGUUGCGUGUUCGGCUUCUCCAUACUGAAUGUAGUGAACGCCGUCUUCGUCCAACAAACUUUGAAGACCGCGAAUUCAGACGAAGAGAUUGCGUUCAAGCAGAAAGAGCGAGAGAUGGCAAUCUACGGCAGACGGGUCAAGACUCUAUUCCAGACAGUGGACGAGUCGGGAGAUGGCUUAAUAAACUAUGAUGAGUUCUCCAAGUUGGUCCAGUCUCCCAAGCUCAAGUUCUGGAUGAGCCAGUUUCAUGAUUUGCUGUCAUUGUUUGAGUUUCUCGACAAUGGUGACGGCCAAAUUACCUUCACGGAGUUCAUAGACGGCGCACAACGUCUUAGGGGAAGCGCCAAGGCUUUGGACAUCUGGCGCAUCGAGACAAAGCUGGAAGUUCUUUUUCAGGAGGUUUUGCACGCGCUGACGGGAAACCCCGUCGCAUCGGUGCAGCAUGUAUUUGACAACUCUUCCUUCAAGAGAAUUCAGACGACUCGCCUGGGCAAAGAUCAAGAUUCCUAG